CCAGUCCCUCCACCAAUUCGCCGGCGAGCAGGACGCAAAUUUUCUACAAGUUGUCCAUUCUUAACUACUGUGCAAAUGGUGGAAGCUUUUGUUCAAUCGGUCAACGCACAAAUAAUAACAGUGAAUCAAAGAUUUCAGCAGCAGUUUUAUCCAUUAGUUUCCAUGGCAUCAAGCCUGUAGACUAUUUUUUUUUUCUCCAACAGCAAUAUUGUGUAACAGUCUUUUUCCGCCCUCUUCUUAUGCCACUUCUCCUUGUUUCUUACUGUUAUCAAAAUUCUCAAAAUGCUAGUGGAUCCUGACGAGCAUCCAUCAUUUUACAAGCUUUUAUUUAAAGAAGGUUUUAUCGACAAAAUACUAAUGCCGCCAGCCUUCAUCAAAGAAAACAAGAGUAUGUUGGCAAAGACCUGCUUAUUGAGAACGGAUGAAGGGGUUUUUUGGGAAGCAAAGAUUGUGAGGGAGAAGUGUGGCUAUUUCUUAUGUGAAGGAGAGUGGCCACAGUUUGUGGAGUAUCACAGAUUGGACCUGGGGGACGUCUUGCUCUUCUUUCUCAUUGAUAAAUCGACGUUCCAAGUUCUGCCCUAUAAACAGAAACGUUAUAGAAACCUUCGUGGGAAGCAAGUAUUUGAGGAACUCAGCAGUAGCUCGAAAGAGGAUGCGGAUGAGGAUGAGGAUGAGGAUGAGGAAGAUGAAGAGGAAGAGGAAGAGGAAGAGGAAGAAAACGAGGAAGAGGAAGAGGAAGAGGAACCCCCAAGAAAAUCAAAGAAAUGUAGAAGUCACGCAAUAGAAUACUCCGAUGAUAAUGAGGGAGAAAGCAAGGACUCAUCCAGUGGCUCCAAGGAUAAGGAAAGUCCGCGGUACUUCCGUUCAGGUUUCAUCAUGAAAGGAGGUGAAUCCAAUGGCGAAGCAAAUAAAGUGCUCUACAAGAAGAAAGCUCCUCCAGGACUAAAACUGUUACUAAAGGCUUGUCAAGAGCAGCCUGCAAAUUCUAUCAUAGGAGGAUGGAAGAGGGGAAGAGCGAGGCGUGAGAAGGAUCCUAACAAACCUAAGCAACCAACAACUGCUUUCUUUGUUUUCAUGGAGGAGUUCAGGAAGCAGUUCGCGAAGAAGAAUCCACACAACCAUGAUAUCUGCAUUGUUGGAAGAGCUGGUGGAGACAGGUGGAAUCAGUUGCCAGAAGCUGAGAAAGCUCCUUACAUACGAGAGGCAGAGAAAAGGAAGGUAGAAUAUAAAGAAAACUUGAGGGCUUACUAUGACCGAAAGGCUUCCAAAGAAGACGCAUCUGACAAGUGCAGGUCCGUCGUUGUUGAGGAAGAGAUGCAUGAUUAUGUCCUCGUGAAUACUGAAAUUGGGAAAAGAAAGACAGGUGCAGUAGAAGAGGAGGAAGCUGAGAGUGGAAGUGCAGAAAAUGGUCGAAAGAAAGUCAGGUCAAAUAUGGUGAACUUCAACAAUAAAGAUCCAAACUUUGAAGUGGUUGUGAAAAGAGUCACUGAUACAGGCCAACCUCUCAAGACUUAUCUUAGAAGAAAAUAUCGACGAGAGGAUAAGGAAUUGAAGAGUUAGGAUGAAGUCUGACUUUUGCAGUUUUUGAAGCACACUUCAGGGGAAAUUGUCAACCAAAUCAAGUGACAAUUGCUUCCUUGAACUGCUCCAGCAGUUUAUUUUUUAGCUGUCUUAUGUAACUCGUAUCCUGUUGUAUUUCCUGUAGAUAUGUACUUAGGAUUAGUUUUUUGGUGUAAAGUAAUUUCAGAUUUGAAACCACUGUAAUCUGGAGUCUUGUGUUUAAGAUUCUUGCACGAUAUAUCAACAAUAAAUCACAGGUUUUUUUCGA